CUGUCAUACCACCGAAAUACAGAACCAAUUUUCGAAAAUUCAUCCUAUUAUUUUUACGACGCUGACAAUUUGACAGAUACGACUGCUACUGCAGAAAAAAUCGAACUGCUUAAAGAAGAGAUUUUAAAUAAAUCUUCUUGGUGUCUAGACUUCGAGGCAUCCCAAAACAGCGCAUCUGCGGAAAAUUCAUUUUCUCCCAAUUCUCGGAUAUUUCAAAUCCAAUUGUGGUGACUUUUGCAGCAAAAUUUUGAAUACGAUAUAAGCACCAAUUAUGCACAGUUUGUUAAAAAUUAGUUUGUUAUUUGUGAUGGUGUGUUCGAUACAAGGUAUUUCCGAUGAGAGGAAAAAAAUGGAGAAGGUGAAGCAUCUCGUACAUUUAUGGGCUUGCAAUAUUAGUGAUAAAUUAACAAAACUUAGUAAAAAAAUGACAAGAGAAGAUAAAGUUGAAGAAAGUUUUAGAAUUCUUGAAGAUAAAUUAAUUAAAGAAGACGCAAAAGAUCUUGUACAUGACGUUGCCUAUGAUAUGGAAGACAUGAUAAAGAAGAAGGAAGAAGCGGUACAUAACAUUGCUGAGUACAUGGAGUUUAUUUCUUUCCACAGAAACAAGUCGCCAAUUUUUGAAAAUUCUUCUUACUAUUUUUUCAACGCUGAUAACUUAACAAAUACGAAGCCUACUGCGGAAAGGUUGGAAGAACUGCAUAACAUUAUUCUCAAUAACGAGUGUCAUUGGAAAUGCGAACAACCCUAUAAAUCUCAAUUGAAGAACAACAUUUUCCGAGAUCCGGCAAGAAGAAAUAAACUUUUCGCUCCCAGAGACAACGAGGAAGGUAAAGAAUGCAAUUGCCUUCACUUGCCAGAAAAAGAUAGACCUCCAAAGAGCUAUCAACAUCUUCCUCUCAAAUUUGAUCCCAAGUUCGAAGAGGACGUUAACUUGGAUCUUAGCAUAGCCAAGUUGGCCCUGAAUGUAUAUCAAAGAGAACAAGAAGUGCUAGAAGGCAUAAGAUGGUCAGAAGCAUUAGAUUUGGUAUUUAAAGAAAACCUUAAAAACGAUCCUACACUAACUUGGCAAUACUUCGCUAGUCCUAAAGGAUUCAUGCGGCAUUAUCCAGCUGUUCAUUGGUCUGAAGAACAAUAUAAGCAAACCUACGAUUUUAGACUUAGGACUUGGUACACCGAAGCUUUUACAUCUCCAAAGGAUAUAAUAAUCGUCUUAGAUAGAUCAGGAUCUAUGAUCGGUACUAGGAGAGCGGUAUCCGAUCAAAUUGUUAAUCAAAUAUUGGAUACGCUUAACGAUAAUGAUUUUGUUAAUAUUUAUACGUUUACUAAUACUACUGAACCGCUCAUAAAUUGCUUCGUUGACACUUUAUUUCAGGCCAAUGAAGAAAACCUAAGAUUGUUAAGAGAAGCCAUACCAGUUUACGAAGAGGAAUUCGCUGCAAAUUUAUCGCUUGGUGUAAAUAAGGCUUUUGAUAUUUUAGAAAAUGUUAGAAGAACGCGAACAAGUGCCAAUUGCAACCAAGCCAUUAUGCUUAUAACCGAGGGCUUAGACUAUGAGUACAAUAAAGAAAUAUUUAAAAAAAGAAACUGGGAAAAAGAUUAUCCUGUAAGGAUAUUCACUUAUCAAAUAGAACAAGAUGAUGGUGAUGCCGUUGAAUUGGAAUGGAUCGCUUGUUCAAAUAUGGGUUGGUGGGGAAACAUGAGCGUUAUGGGAGAUAUCAGGGAGAAAAUGUUACAGUAUUUAAACGUCAUGUCCCGACCGAUAAAUUUAAGCGUUGACAAAAAAAGAAAAUUCAUCUGGAGUUAUCUUCACGUAGACUUGGCGGACAGGAGGUUAUCUAAUUGGUUGUGGAAGAAAUUCGAAGGUAUUAGACAGAGAAAAGUAUUUCUGGAUCACAUAAAGAGGAUCAUAUUUAGACAAAAUCAGAUGUUGACUGCGGAAGAGCACAUGUUGUUGAAGGAAAGCCAUAGUUAUGAUGCAUAUGAAGAAAAAAUGGACUACAAAUAUAUGACUACGGUAUCGUUACCAGUAUUUGGAAGGAAUACUAAUGAGACUUCAUUAUUGGGAGUAGCUGGUAUAGACGUUCCUUUAACACUAUUUAAGGCACUCAUACCUUACGAGAGGAUCGGAGUUAAUGGGUACGCUUUUAUUGUUACUAAUAACGGUUACAUUCUUAUGCAUCCUGAUCACAAAACUGAAUUUCAAACUAUUCUGAAGCCGACGUUUAAUAGAGUAGACAUUUUGGAAGUGGAAAUUUUAAACGAUGAUAAAGCACCACGUUUAUUUGGAGAUUCUGUAGUGCAAUUAAGAGAUAAGCUGGUAAACCAAACACCCAGUGAUCCAAUAACACUGAAAGUGAAAUAUACUUUAAAUGACAAUAAACGACUCAUGUUGGGUAACAGAAAUUAUUAUUUUGCUCCUAUUGGUCCAUUUACGUUAGGAGUCGUCCUUCCGUAUAAAUACGGCUUUGAUAUAGUUAACAAAAGUAGGAUUGAACGCCCGAGUGCCAAAAGCAGUGCUUCUUCAUUGGUGUCAACAUUCUGGAAAGUCCAUCCUGACUGGAUUUAUUGCAAAAAAUGCGUUGGCAUUACACCAGAAGACAAAGUUAGAUCUGGUUUUAGUAAGAAUGAAAACUCAUCGCUCUUAACGUCACUGCUCUAUGACAUGGAGGCCACAAAAUGGUUCGAUGAUUACGGAGAAGCUGACAAUGAGGAGGAGAAAUACAUUAUCGAAUACCAGGUUCACAAAGUAUUCCUAGCUACCUAUUCGGGUUUGACCAGAUGGAGGGACUUCCAAGACAGCAGUAGAAUCCACGAAGAGGAAGAGGAUAGCUUCGAGAAGAGAAAUAACAGAGCUAUCGAUGAAGAUUGGUAUCGAAGAGCUGUUGAGUUGAAUUUUGAAGAUGAGAGUAUGUUUAUAUAUGCGGUACCGUUUGAGACUUCAGGUUAUGAAAAUAACACCAUGAUUACUGGCACCAAAGCUAUUUUCGUUGAAAAUGGUGAACUAAAAAGCCCUGUGGCUGUGGUGGGUCUACAGUUUAAUCACAGAGAAAUGUACGAAUGGUACAAUGACAUUACUACACAAUGCACCGAACCUCGCUGUAAAAUCACUUGCAAGCAACCAGACCUUAACUGCUACAUUCUGGACAACAAUGCUUACAUCGUUCUUAGCGACGAGCCAGAAUAUAUCGGAAGAUAUAUCGGUUCAAUACGACCAGACAUCAUGGCGGAUUUAAUUAACGAUAAAAUUUUCAUACCAACGAAAAUGUACGAUUAUCAAGCGAUUUGUCAAAAAAUACCGCCCAAAAAACAACCGGAGACCGUUAGGAUACAGAAUAGAAAGUUAAAAGAGGCUAUGGAGAAGAAGAUGCGAAAGAUGAUGGCUAGAAUGAAGGCGGCUAAGAGUUCUGGUACCCCACGAUUUGUUAAAAUAUUGAACCAUUUCCUAGCCAUUAAAGAUUGGUUCAUCAGUGCGAUCUACCUUUUAAAGAAUGUAGUAAUGGGAGAAGAAGCACAAGAAGUAUACAAUAGCACCAAAGAAGAAUAUAUCACCUUCAAUAAAUUGAUAAUCGAGAAAACCGUUCCGACACCGUGUGACCAGAUGAGAUGGUUGUUCAAUUUGAACACGAGUGCUAAAUUCCCGUUCAGUCGGUUCACGAGUGGAACCAAAUUCGAAUGUAGUUGGCCUUACGCAAUAGACAAAAUUCCUAAUACAAAUUUGCUAUUUCUUGCCACGAACGAUGGAGAUGAGGCUUGCAAGGGCCGAUUUGGCCCGAUUUAUUCUACAGAGCCCACAGAAAUAAUUUAUAACAAAUCGUUGCCUUGCUAUAUAGCUACGAUGAACAACUAUACUAGACGAAUGUAUAUGAACUGUUAUAAUAGGAAUAAAAAGGAGGACAAAUUAAACAGAGAAUCGCAUGAGAAUUGUGGACACACAUGGAAAUAAAAUAUCGACGUUAAUAGUUUAAUGUUUAGAAAAACAAGCUUCUAAAUAAAUAAUCACUAUUUAUCUAAUUUGGGACAGCUUUAGCUAUAAGUAG